AUGACUUCGACACGGGUUGCCAGUGGCACGCUGGCUCCCAGCGCCCUCCCAGGAUCACUGCGGGAUGCUCGGACUCCCUUGGACGGCACCAAGGACGCACAGCCCCCGCAGCCCCUCCAGAACGGCGAUUCCGAGGAUGGAGGCGACGACCGAGACGCUGCUGCCCCGGGCACCUCGAUCCCGGUAUUCGCCAAGUCGAGCGACGACGGCAUACCACCCGUCGCCGCAGGAGAUCUCCAGUCCGUCCUCCUGGCCAAGCUGCUGGACUUUGCCUCGACAGCGACCCCCGGCACGCUCGGUGCCAUAGCCGUGGGUCUGUCGACUGUGCUGUACCUUCUGUUGGGUCCGCUGGCUCUGCUGUUUGUCGGUGCGUUCGGCGGCGCCCUCGGCUUCGUCGCCUGGGAAGCUAGCCACCCCGAAGUGGCUCGCAUCGUCAGGGGCGAAAGGGGGCUGGACGUUCUAGAGAGGCUUCGUCUCGGCGCCGCCGACGCCGAGCCCGGCAAGGAGAGCAGCCCUGGGGAGGAUGAGCAGACGGUCCUGAGGGGCCUGGACGAGCUCCGGCCCGAGACUCGCGAGGCCCUGGGAAGCCUCCUCGACGCCAUCAUCCGCGACUACGUCAAGUCGUGGUACAGCCCCAUGAUACCGACCGACCACUCGUUUCCGCUCACCUGCCGCAAGAUACUCACGUCCUACUUCCUCUCCAUCUCCAACCACCUCUACCGCAAGCGACCGGCCGAUUCCUUCCUCGACCUCCUGACCAACUCGUCAUCCAUGAUCAUCGUCUUCAUGUCGGAGCUGGCCUCUGCCUUCGCCGACGUUGGCCCCGAUUCCGACAUAUCAGCCGUCGAGGUCAUAUGCAACUACCGUGCCUCGCACCCCGACUGCCACCUCAACAACCUGCUGAACCAGCACCAGCAGAGUGUCAAGCUCAGGAUGGUCAGCGAGGAUCUCCUACGGUUCCUGGACCGCAACCCCAACAGCGGCGACCCGGCCUGGGUGUUCCUGCGUGAAAUCCUCGCCAACUUUGUUCUCGAGGGGGCCCUGCAGACCUGCAGCAAGGCCGACUGGAUCAACAGCUGGAUCAUCUACCUCUUGGAGGCUGGCGAACCUGACCUGAACCAGGCCAUCGACGUGGGGAUGCAGACCGGUCGCGACGUGGCCGCGGCAUCCAACGCGGCAGCCAGCAACAAGGACAAUGCCAGCGACAACAACGUCUUCAUCGACAUCGAUGGCAACGUCGGCAACAUCGGCAUCGCCAAGCCUGACCGGUCGGGGUCAGAUGCUCGGGCCAAGGCUGCGCUGAGCCACAAGAAGAAGCUCAGCAAGGCUGACGAAGAGAUGGAGGUGGCCGUCGAGGAGAUGAAGAAGCUCAACGCCAUGAUUGCCCGGGACGAGGAGAGGAGACGCGAACGCGCCUCGACCAUCCGCAAAUCCACUGAUCAGCAAGCGGGACCGCGAUCUUUGCACGGCAGCCUGGAAGGCCUCGGCAAGUCGGUCCCCCCCGGCGAGCCCUCGCCAACAUCGCAGCUCCCCGCAGCCAAGGCCUCCCCGCCCGGCAGCUCCACCGACGGUGUCUCGACGACGAGCGAGGCUAUCCCGACGCCCCACACACCGCGCUCGGUCAACGAGACGACCAGCCAGGGUUCCUCGCCGCGUCGCUCUGGCGGCACCCAGUUCACCAGCUUCGACCAGAUACAGGCGCCACCGGGCCACGGGGAGAGCAGCGGAGAUGGGCAGGCGAAGAAGCCGCCGCUGACGCUGCACAAUGCAUCCUUUACGCUCCACGACGACAACGUUGACAAGUCGAGGAUCCGCAGCAAGCCCAACUGGGAUUACCUGAUCCAGGUGGAGCCGAGCUCGGCCAUGUACCCCGGAUGGAUGAUCGUGAGGCGAUACUCGGACUUUGAGACGCUCCACGAGAUCCUGCGGCGAAUCGCGGCCGUGUCCAGCGCCACAGCGUUUACGGAGCUGCACAAGGAGCUCCCGGCGUGGAAGGUGCACACGAGGGAGUCCCUGCGAGGCGAGCUCGAGCGAUACCUGCGCGAUGCAUGCUGGUAUCUGGCCCUCGCGGAGAGCGAAGGCUUGAAGCGUUUCCUGGAGAAGUCGCAGGGCCACACGCACGGAGACUCCAAGUCGUUCGGCUGGGACACGGUCGGCAAGAACAUGCUCGACGUCCUCACGACGGCGCCCAAGGGUGCCGUGGAAGGCGGCAGGACGCUCGUAGGAGGUGUCCAGGGCGUCUUCGGAAACUUCCCAGGCCUGGCCAAGAGGCCGACCGGCUCGUCGGUGGACCUCAACGCCGCCCCCCCGAGCAGCCGGCUGUCCAUCUCCACGCCGCCCCGCAUGGAGUCCAAGUCGCCGGUGCGCUCGGACCGCGCAAGCAUCGACAGCCAGAGGUCGUCGGUGGUGUCUCAGCAGCCAGGCAAGAUGAUGCCCAUGGAGCAGCGCACGAGCUACCAGUCGCAGCAGGGCGAUGCUGAGGGCGAGUACUUCCGGGUGGGCCGCACAGAACGUCUAGACUCGUCGGCGUCCGGGCCCGGCAGCGCCCGUCCGAGCAGGGAACAUAGCCGGACGUCCAGCCUCGCGGCGCUGCGCUCCCCCUCGUCGGUCAGCCUGGAAAACGUCAAGCUCCCGCCGCCGCCGGACGAGAUCACCGAGGACUACGACUUCUUCCGGACGGAUACGCUGCACAAGAGGACCGGCAGCCUUGCGACCAACCCGGAAAACGGCCAGCAGACGGUGGCGGGCGCAGCGGCGACGGCUGCAGCGACGGGACCCAACGUCACGGCCGCCGCCACGGCCGCCGCCGCAUCACCGGUGGCACCGGCCGCCGCCGCCAAGAAGCCGGCCGUCAAGCCAGCCCGGCAGUUUACGCAGCUGUCGGAGCCCGAGACGCGCGUGGCGGUGGAGCUCCUCUUCGCCGUCAUCAACGAGAUGUACACGCUCUCGUCGGCGUGGAACAUCCGACGCACGCUCCUGACGGCAGCCAAGUCGUUCCUCCUGCGGCCGGGCAACCCGUCGCUCCUGACGGUGCAGAAUCUGAUCCAGGAGUCGGUGCUGGACACGUACACGUCGGACGCCGGCAUAGCGGCGCAGCUGCGCAGGCUGCUCAAGAGCACCAUGCCGACGGACGAGGAGCGCGCAUCGUGGCCGUCGGACAUGACGGAGGAGGAGAGGGAUAAGCUCCGCCUCAAGGCGAGGGGGCUGCUCAUCCGGAGCGGCGUGCCGGCGGCGCUCAUGGGCGUCAUGGGCCAGGCUGCCACCAGCGAGGCUCUGGGGAGGGUAUUUGACUGUCUACAGAUUGAGGAGGUUGCACGGGGUCUGAUAUUCGGUCUGGUCCUACAGCUUGUCAGGAUUGUGACUCAUUAA